CUGCUCGGUGUCGCCGAUCCACGGUCCAUAAGCAUCUGAUGAGGAUGAUAAUAGUCGGCUUUGGUCUUCCACGAGAGAUGUAAGAAACUCGUUCGUAUGCGACAUAAAUGGAUAUUGGCACAAGCUCUCAGUGUGAUCUGUGACCAAAUCAUUUGCGACAAUUCGGGCGCGUGCAAACGCAUCGUGGUUCGUAGAGCUCGUCUAUGGCAAGCUACCUCAGAAGUUUAAAGCCACAACUACUCUUUUACUGUUUCAGCCGCAAACUAAUAUCCGCGUGACCCCCUGGCUUCCGUCCUCGGCCGUACGCUGCGAUAUUUUGACCGGCAAACUUUUGCUGUGCAAGAGGGAAACGAGCCGGAAAAUUUUUCACAAUAGGUAACCAACAGAGUCUAGAUUUCCAGAGUUUCAUUUUUCAGCACUCUCAUAUUAAUUUAUCAAAUUUUGUCUGUCCUCUGCCGUUGCGUGUCUCGCGACAAAAAAAAUGGCACUCGCUCCGGGAUCAACAGCGUUCCUGAGUGCCAACGACCUCAGUCACGCGGGUGACAUCUUGGCGAAAGAAAACGGCGUAGCGCAUAGGCACGCCAGUGGCCUUUUUGUCAAUAGAGCCGAGUGCGGGGUCAGCAGCUUGCCCCGGGUGAUCCAGACGCACCAGGACGUGAAGUCGUUGUGCGCAACCGUGGCGAAUCUAGACAUGGCGAUUGCGAAUCUGAGCCAGGCGAUUGAUCCAAGUGCCGUAAGCUUGAAGCUCCAGGAAACUGCAGUGAACGUAGAAACGACGGCAUCAAAAGGAAAAAUCCCCCCUCCCCAUAUCAAAACGAAGUUUCUGAUGCUGGAUUUCCGUACCCAAAUGCGCGCUGUCUUGCAAUAAGGCAUCGCAGCCAGAUCCUCAGCCUAGGCACUGGCGCUUGGCUCUAGUUGUUUAGCAUUACAAACGGCGGCCCCCUAGGCCCAGCGGCAUGAUAAAUCGCUUCCAUAAUGGGGCGGAAGCUUCUGCCCUUGUCUUCUCGCAAGACAGACAGGAAUUGUGGUCACGAAUCUGCAUCACAAAUUAUCGGCAGCAUACCUUUUCGAUAUGGGGAGGGGGGAUUUUUCCUCUCAAUAGACGGCGCUCCGCAUCGGCGGGUUGGAAGCGGGGCUGGGGAGCGUGGCAGAGGCGGCCACGGCGGGGAACCAGUUGGUGGAGAAGCUCAACAAGCUCGUAUUGUGAGGAAAAACGUUUCCGCCCCAGAGUCAAGAUAGAAAUUUUGCAACACAAAGCUGAAAGUUUUGCGAGUCACGCAUGACAAGUUGCAGGUUGUAGUUUAAUGCAGUUUAGCAAGGGAAUCCGCAUAACACAUCCAUCUCCUCAUCCUGUUUACAGCAUUACAAGUUCCAGAACACGAUUGGAAUUGCCUCUCUUGGGAAUGCGCAUCGCAAAUGCUCCUGUGCUUGCUAAUGUGCAUGACAACUUUGGUGUGGGGACGUUUUGAAAAAGGAUAGCUCGAGGCGAAGAUGGACGCGAAGAUGGAUGCAAUCUAUCAAAUGUAAAAAUGUCUGGGUCUGGAAGAUUGCCAGGCUUGUCAUGCACAUUUUGCAUGACUCCUGAUGUCUGUGAUGCAUGCCCUAGCGUCACAGAUUUUGUGAGGGCUUCCUGAUGCCUAUACCGCUACCGCAUGACAAAUGCUCUUUCCGUGUAGCAAAACUUGGACUCUCUUUGCUGCUCAUGCAAUACAGAUUUAUUUUAGAAGCCAAAAUCAGCAUGACUAGUUGGAUUCUUCCAGACCCAGGCAUUUUUACAGUUGACACAAUCCAGGCGGAACUGAAAGAAACGAAGGCACGGGUGGCACAAGUAGACAAAGAAAUGUGCCGCUGCGUCAUUAUGUAACGGGAACGAAUUCGCUAGUACAACUGUGUGUUUGCUAGAAAAGCUAAAGCUGCAGAGGCAACUAUAUUGCGCGUGCACGAGUACGCUAACAAAUGAAUGAGUUACAGUUUCAGAAGUAAUUUUAGCCUCAAUAGCGAAAAGUGAAAUUUGAAUUUCUAACAUGUAAUUGCAGCAG